AUGCCACAGUUUAGAGGCUGUGGCCCGAUGGUAAAGUUUAUUUGUAUCUUUGAUCGCCUUUUCGAUGUUCUCAAUUCUAGAAAUCCGAAGGCAAACAGUUUCAAGGCACCAAUCAGAAAGACGAACUAUCAGUUCAUGAAGAAGUUUCUAAAUGAUGCCUGUGAGUACAUUAAAGGUCUGAAAGGGCCAGAAGGCCAAUCGAUGCUUAAGUCGAAACGUAAAACAGGUUUUCUAGGUUUCCUCGUGUGUGCCGAGGCAGUUCAAGGAUUAGCGAAAGAUCUCGUGUCUGGAGAGAACCCGGUCCUGAAGUAUGUUCUGACAUACAAGAUGAGUCAGGAUCACUUGGAGUUAUUCUUCGGUGCUGUGCGGGCAGCUGGGGGAUGGAACAACAAUCCUACGGGCGAUGCAAUUCAGGUCUGCGUACAAGCAACUGUUGAUGAGAUACAACAUCACAGGAGGACGAGGAAACUGUGUUCCUCAAGACGAUACCGAAAUGCUGAGCAAUGUUGAAGAUAAAACUAGCAACAAAUCGUCAACUAUCGAAAUCGAGGAGGUGAAGAUAUGACUUGGCUUUGAGAGAUGAGCCAGCUGCAACUGAUUAUGAUUACUGUGAUGUUCCCAAUGUCUUGGAACUAUCUGAAUUUAAGACAUCAGCAAUAUCGUAUGUUGCUGGUUACGUUGUAAGAAUGGUGGAAAGAAAAAUCAACUAUUUGAAAUGUUUGGCCGCAUUGACAACGUCCAAAGAUAAGAUUCCCGACCUGUUCGUGGUGUGGAAAUCCAAUGGUGGUCUAAAGUUGCCCUCUCCAGGGCUGCUGAAGAUCUGUGAAUAAACUGAGAAAUGUGUGAUGAGAAUGUUAAACGUUAAUCAGGGUGGACUACCACAUGGCACGGGACUGCCAGACGCAAUCGCCUCAACGGUUUUGCAAGCCUGUGUGGAACACGGAGUGUUCAGUUCCUUGAAGCAGCAUUUGUUUGAUACGACUCCUUUGAACAAUGACGUUUUCGCUUUGAUCAAAUGCUGUUCAAAGUGUUAUGUGACAAUUCGCAUGCACCAUUUAGGUAAGCAAAGAAAUGCAAAAAUGCAUGGAAAGUUAGUACGUAAAGAGUUUUCGAAACUUACGCUGUUCAAAGGACAGUAAGUUUGCGAAGAUUGUCAUGUUACUGCACAUUUUAUAUGUGUUCGAGAUUUGACCGUGAUUGUAAUGAUACUGCACAUAUUUUAUGUGUUCGAGAAUUACCGUGAAAUGUUAGCGAGUCAAUGAUACUGCGCAUUUUACGAUGUGUUUGAGAGAUUGACACCAUGCAUACAUGGUUCGCUAAGAAUAAUAAGUAAAAUACUAGGUAAGUAAUAAAUUAAAAAUAAGCUUUUCGUCUCUUUAUAAAAGUUACAUGUUAUGCCGUGUUUAAUGCAUAAAUAUCACUUACUGUAUACCUUUAGGAAAACCUGGAUAUACAAUUAAAGAUUAUGACAGCCUACUGAACUGGAAAACAAACAAAUUAACACACUACAUGAUGUCCGCGAGCAUCACCAUCAUUUCGACUAAAACUACAGUCAACGUACUUAUCCUUCACUUCCGUCGGUAUGUGCAUGUAAAAUACAGUAGCAUGCAGAUGCAUAAAAACUCACCAUGUAAAAUAACAAUUAACGUUCGUCAGUAACUAAUUUUUUGGGGUUUUUUCUCAGGCAUUUGCAUAUGAAAAAUACUACCUGUCAUUCAACCAUUCAACACUACAAAAUCUAACUAUACCGGAACCUGCAAUGAAGCAUGCUAUAGUAAUAUACCCCCAUGAAAACUUUUAUAACAAAAGAUGAACAGUCAUUAAUAGGUUGAGCCGUAAAAGUCAAAUUAAAUAAUGAAAUAAGACAUAUUAGUUGAUUAUGCUUUUUAUCGUAUAUGCAUAUAGAUUCUACAAGUCGCCAGAAUUAAGUGGAUUGAUUGAAUGAUUUAACAGAUGUAUAUAUAUAUUAUGGUGGGCAUUUUAUCGGUAAGUUGGUAAUUUACAUUUUGUCCUGUUUCGAGACGUAAACCUAAAAAAACUCUAACACCAUAGCAUAGUGACCGAGUACGCGUUCUAUAUUCUAUUACUUCUAUUUUCUAUGAGACCUCGGAAAGAGACUGGGUAUGACUUUGUAUUUGUUUGAAUUGCAAGGUGGGAAAAUUGAUUUUUUUGUGGAGAAAGCUAGUUUUAAAUAGAAUAUAAACAAGGUAAAAAACAAAAACUUAGUUUAUACUAUUAUAUAUUGGUAAAAAAAAACACGUAAAAUUACUCUAGUGCAUUACUCUUAUGUGGUAAAAAACAAACCUAUAAUUUCUUUCAACUACGAAAUUAGUUUGAAGUUAUUAAACUAUAUUUUGUAUAUAAUAUACGCGAAUAUAAAUUCAGCUCGUCAAACGUUUUAUAAUAUGGAAACUACUUCUAAUUUACGGUGUUUUCCAAUUAUAGGAAAGCAAGAGUGAGAAAAGUAAGAAAGUUUGCUUUUACUGUUAGUUCAUGUCAUUUAAAAUAAUUUAGUAAGGUAAAUUUCCCAUGGCGAAUACUCGACCACACAUACAUGUAUGUUUCCGCUCGAUAUUUUCUAAACACUAUUGCAAUUGCGUUUUUAGUGGAAAAACGUGAAACAGGGGAAGAAGGUAAUAUAUAAACUCCGAUGAAAAUUAUUUAUUAAUGGUAUUUAUUAGCUAAUUGUUGUAAAAUCAUUCAUUACUGUAGAAGAGCAAAGGCCAAUGAUUGAUGGUGAAAAGGAAGGUAAAGGCUUUUUUCAUAUUUUAAACCAUGCAUGUAUUCUUAUUUAUUAUUUACAGAACAAGUAGAUAACAAAACACAUAGACUCAUAGUAUAGUUUUCCUCAAAUUGUUUUUUUUUAACUUACCAGAUACUGAAAGAAAUGAGGAAAAUGGUAAUACUAUAACUGUUUAUUUUGUCAUACUUUACAAGGAAAACAUGUGCCUAAAAGUUUUAAAUCUUACUCACAAAACAUUUUUAUUCUUAGGUGAUGAUGAUGAUACAGAUGGUAAAUAGUCUUGACAGUAUAAAAUUUGCUACAUAAUAGCAAGUUAUAUAGUGGCAUGUAAAUAUGUAACCUCUUGUUCACAUCCAAUGCUUCAUAUUUUAAUUGAAAAGCCCUUUUCCACAACUUUACCUUUAGCACAACUAAAAAUUAAUAUGAUUGCAGCAUUUCAUAAUUCAUACCAUACCAAUACAUGUUUUAUUAAUUGUUUUAGGUGUAAAAGAGCGAAGAAGAGGUAAAAAAGCAACCCAAAAAUUUGAACAAUAUUAG